AUGUAUAAUAUGGAUAUAUCGCACUGGUACAAUUUUACUGGCACUGAGUGGUUCAAUGACUGGGUCACUAAUGACCGCCACUCAAAAUUGAUAAGAGCCUCGUCACAUGGUGGAUUAAUUUCAGUUUUAACGUUUGGAGAGGGGGUUUCUCGUAAAUUGCGCAUUUUUUCUGGGACUGGAUCAUUAUUAAUGUCUAUCCAGUGGGUCGUCAAAUGGAUGUUAGACGCAGGAUGGACCCACACGUUACAUUUUGUAACUCUUUUGUCAAAUGGAACAGUUAGAAUUUGUACAUUGAAUGCAAAAAGGCGGCAACAAUUUACUUUGCCAUUUAGGCCAAUUGCAGGCAAAGUGUUUCAGGGCGGAUUCCUGCUAUUCGAAACAAAUGGCAUGGUUCAUUUUGUGAGUUAUCAAAACAUAGAAUGUUUAACACAUGAAAGAUUAUGUUCAUUAGGACAAAUACACCUUAUUCAUGGUGAAAUACCCAUAGCAAUAGUAACUCAGCGUUCACUCUUCUCUAAUAACUCAAUUAAUCACGGCGAUUCAAUGGAUUCUACUAGUAUUUGCUUUUCCUUAACCACAUGCCACAAAAAUUUAAUUGUAUGCAAGGCUAUAAGUAAUUUGCCAUCAUCGCUAGUAUCUACUAGUAAACAUUUGGGGUUUGUCGUAAGGAAUGGCCUGCUAGAUUUUUAUAAAUCUCUAAUUGCAGUAUCAAAUGAGGAUAAUUUGCAUAUUUAUACAAUUGAUUUGCAGAAAUUUGAUGAAAUUAUCCAUACUUAUACAAUAAAACUUGACAUAAUCCCUAACUCAAUUUUUAUUGCCACAUCAUAUAUCUUGCUAAAUACAGAUAACCAAAUGUACAUCAAGCAUUACGGCCAAAACCAUCGAUUAACAACCGCCAACUCUUUUGUAGACAAUAACAGUUUAAGCGAAGAUAAUAUGCUGUCUAAUACUCUAAUGUGCAGCGAUGAUGAUUUUUACGCAAUAGGUCCAUCCUCAGAAUGUCACAUAAUUGGCUUUUAUUACUCACCCAUGGAAUAUACGGAUGAUACCAAUACUUGCAAGCAAAUGAAUGAUGGACAAUUAGACAUUUCUUGCUUAUCCACUGGCGAAUCAGUUGAGUGCGAAGAGGGUAUCCGACUGCUUUACCCACUUAUUGGCGAAGUAUGGCUUGUGAGAUCUGGGAUGGGUUGGUAUAAACAGAUAACGGAUAAUAUUGAGAACACAAGCUACAGAUUGUUGCAGGCAUAUAAAACAUUUUCUAAAGAUAGCUCUGAAGCUUUUACGCUCAAGAUAAAUUUCGGCGAAGCGAUUUAUGGCUGUAUUCAGGCAGCAGCGGCAACACUUGAUCCAGCAUUGGCAGGGCUGUAUCUAGAAGCAGCCGUUUUGGGGCGCAAACUGAAUGGAUUUGCCCAAUUGUCUAAUAUUAGCAACUUUACCACCUCAUCUUCCGACUUGAACAAUAAAUUCGAAUAUAAUGUAACCAAUAAGUCUAUUUCUAACAGUGUAAUUAAAGAUUCAGUCAAUGAAAAAUACAGCGAUCAUGUAAAUGUAAUAAAUGGGUGUCAAGUGGAUAUUGACAAAUUGUGGGCAAGCACCUGCGGCUGGUUACGUAUAAUUCAUACACUGGCUAAAUCUCCUUUGGAUCAGCACUUGACAGUAACUGAAGGAAAUAGUAUAACCAUUGAGAGAUUGUGUGAAAUAAUUUCUGCACGUGGAUACCCAAAAAUUGCUUUUACCAUAUCAAAAUUUUCUAACUGUUCACCACAUUUGGCUUACCACCAAUAUGCUAUUUCAGAGAUUUUAGAUUCAUCACAUUUACCUGAUAAUGAUGUUAUAAGCGCUGUGCUUAAUACUCCAGUGCACAUACUCCCUGAUGGGGUUUUUGCCAAAUUAUCAAAAAUCGCUGCAUCUCCUCCCUUCUCCCGCAAUACAUUAGCCUUGUCAUUGUAUGAGAAAGAACGCUGCCCAUACGCUAAGGCUGCAUUGGUAAAUACAAUUGUUAAUAAUGAUGUCAAAAUUACUCAUUUCCCUACUGAUCUUAUUCGUAUUAUGAUUCAAACGGGUAUUAAAUUACCUUUGUACUAUCGCCAUUAUAGUUCCAAAAGUGAUUUGAAAAAUUGUCAAAGAAUGCUUGAGCGGAUGGGAUCCAAUGACGACGCUGCUAAAAAUGCAACGGCUAUUGGUUAUAGCUGUAGAAAUAUGAAUAAAGAAGCGAAGAAUUGGUUUGGUUAUUCACAGAACUUUUCAAAGGCCUCUAAAAACCAAUUGCUGCACCAAAGCACAGAUGAAAUGAUGGCAAUGUUGAAACAUGACAAGCAAUACUCGUCACUUAUGGAUUUAAUUUUUGACCUUUUCAUGAAGAAUGACCACAGCACUGCCAUGAAUUUGGCUAGUGAUCUUGGUGUAUCGCGCAAACGAUUAGGCGUAUGCCUGAUCUCAAGUUGCAUAUUUAAGAAGGAUUUAUCCAUUUUAAACAAAUAUUUGAAGGAUAAAAGGGUGGAUAUUCCACAAGAUUUGUUGCAGCAAGCCUAUGGGCAAGUGGAUGUGGAUGCUCAAACCGAUGAAUCGGGUUCCUUCUUUAAGUUGUGGAAAUAG